CCACAAGCAGACUUCGUACACAAACUGUGCAAGCAAUACACUGAGUACACACGGCAACGAGUAAACCGAUAUGACGAACAAUAGCUCAGACCCAGAGCCCGAGAGCCGCGAGACGGUCGUGCAGCUCCAUCACAUUCACGACGAGAAUGAGAUAAAAAGCGAUGCUCGAGUGUCUUCGUCGUUGCAAGCGAAAGAGUUGCCGUCUUCUGCUGAUAGCGAGAGUCAGGACGAGAAGGGGAUUGAGCGGUCUCAAGUCGAGACCGCAAACACGAACGAAAUGAGUGGUUUGUCCUUGGGCCUUGUCAUCGCUUCUUUGCUCAGUGCAGUGUUUUGCGUAGCUUUGGACAACACGAUUUUGGCCACUGCGAUACCAAAAAUCACUGAUGCUUUCCAUACAAUUGACGAUGUUGGGUGGUAUGGCGCUGGCUACUUUUUGACCACUUGCAGUUUCCAGCUCUUGUACGCAAAGCUCUACACAAUGAUCAGUACCAAGACACUGUUCCUCAUCGCACUGGCCCUUUUCGAAUUGGGCUCGUUGGUCUGUGGAGUCUCGCCAACUUCCACUGCUUUAGUCGUCGGUAGGGCGAUUGCUGGGCUCGGAGCAGCGGGCAUCUUUACGGGUGCCUCGACUGCGGUAGCUCAAGUCGCUCCGAAGAAUAUGAAGCCUGCGAUCAUGGGGAUGGUUGGUGCGCUUUUUGGGCUUUGUUCUGUUAUAGGGCCGUUGAUUGGCGGCGCUUUCACAGAUCAUGUUAGUUGGAGGUGGUGUUUCUACAUCAAUCUACCCAUUGGCGCAUUCAGCGCUGCUGGAACCGUGUUCUUUCUGAAGUUCGACCAGAAGUUUGAGAACCAAGAUCUCAGUCUCCGCGAACGCAUCUCUCGCAUCAAUCCCUUGGGUAACUUGCUAUUCGUUGGAACGGUCGUAUGUCUACUAAUUGCAGUCCAAUGGGGAGGCACAACCUACCCCUGGUCAAACGGGAGAAUUAUCGCACUGCUGAUCGUCUUUGGCAUCCUCGCCAUUGCAUUCUGCAUCAACGAGUGGAGAAGCAAGGAACGAGCAACAAUCCCACCACACAUCGCCAAACAACGCACACUAAUCUUCUCAUGCAUCUACGCCUUCUUCAUCAGUUCGACGGUUUUCGUCACCUUGUACUUCCUACCCAUCUGGUUCCAAGCCGUCCAAGGCGUCACGCCCGUCAUGUCUGCCGUCCACACUCUCCCACUCAUCCUAUCCCAAUUCCUCGCUACCUUUGUCGCUGCUUUGGGAACAAUGCGUUUGGGAUACUACAUGCCCUUCAUCGUUGCCUCUGUCAUUUUCCUCUCUGUCGGCACUGCCCUCAUCACCACUUUCCACGUCGACAUCCCUCAGGCCCGCUGGAUUGGGUAUCAAGUGAUCCUAGGCCUGGGCAUCGGUUUCGGCUUCCAACAACCCAGCGUUGCAGUCCAAACCACUCUGCCCAUUGCAGACGUACCCAUUGCAGUCUCCACAGUGUUUACUUGCCAAUUCCUCGGGGGCACGAUUUUCUUGUCUGCGGCUGAGAAUGUGUUUACCAGUCGUUUGAGGAGCAAUGUGGCUAGAUUGGGGAUCCCGGGGUUCGAUGCGGAGACGGCGGUGCAAGUUGGUAUUACGAAGUUGAGGGGUUUGGUGCCGGAAAGGUAUUUGGAGGAUGUGCUUGUUGCGUAUAGUGAUGCUGUUACUAGGGCGCUGGAGGUGAGUCUUGUGUUGGGGUGUUUGACUGUAUUGGGGGCGUUGGGGAUGGAGUGGAAGAACAUCAAAGCCAAGCAGUAGUUGCGAGAGUGGACGAAGAUUUGGGAGAGAAGAUGGGAUGGAAGUGCAGACUGCGAGGUGGAAGUUACUUCCUACGAUAGAAAGAAAGUUUGAUGAUUGCAACUAGUUCUGAUGUCCUGCUGUUGCAACGUGCUUGAAGAUGUAAGGCAGAGA